AUGGCGGAUGACCUACAACGAUUCCUGUAUAAAAAACUACCACGUGUUGAGGGGCUCCAUGCUAUUGUUGUAUCAGAUAGAGAUGGAGUGCCUUUCAUUAAAGUGACCAAUGAUAAUGCUCCAGAGCAUGCUUUGAGACCUGGUUUCUUGUCUACUUCUGCCCUUGCAACAGACCAAGGGAGCAAACUUGGAUUUUCAAAAAAUAAAAGUAUCACCUGUUACUAUAACACCUACCAGGUGGUUCAAUUCAAUCGUUUACCUUUGGUGGUGAGUUUCAUAGCCAGCAGCAAUGCUAAUACAGGACUAAUCGUCAGCCUAGAAAAGGAACUUGCUCCAUUAUUUGAAGAAUUGAGACAAGUUGUGGAAGUUUCUUAA